AUGGAUGAGGCGAGAUUAUUUUUCGUUUUAAGCUUAGUACUGACCUUAAUAGGGCAUGCACUUCAAGAUGAGUCCAUUUCUACAACACCAGCACCACCAGCAACAACAACAGACAGACAGAAAGCACCACCUGCUGCAGAAGCUACUAAGGAAAAUGAAGACGAGGACUCAAAUGCAGCUCCAGUGACCAAGUGCAAGCCCAACGAAAUGCACUCGGAGAAUGGUUGCGUUGAUCGUGAAUUUUUCCUAAACAAGAUCAUAACGAGAUUUUGGAAAGAUGAGGGCUUUGAAAAGGCAAAAGCCAGAUCCGGAAUAGUGGAAACCAUGGAGUGCCAGGAAAACGAGGUCAGAACGCCGCUAGGCUGUGAAAAGCCACCGUAUCCACCGCACAGGGCAUCAAAUCGAGUUCCAGUGGAGCACAGCAGAAUAGAAAUCAAUCGCAUUGUUCACGACAGUGCAGUUCAUAAAAUUCAUCACCACGACAGUGAAGAAAAACAGAAAGCUAUUCGGAAACCUGUACAUUUAGGACCUCCAAGACAUGGUGAAGAUCGCCCAAGAAAGUACGUAUUCCUGCCGGGAAGAAGUCUUAGGAAGGCUCGCAGGUGCCGAGCGAACGAGGUCCGUGGAAGCAGAAGUCGCUGCAUCCGCAGGAGACGAAAACACCAUCGGAAACCCCAAGGCGUAGAAAAAGAAACAAAAGUUGAAUAA